GGGGGCGAGGGUCACAUUUGUCCGAAACUGCCAAGAGGAACUGAAGUCUGAAGACUCCAGGAUAAAACAAUGACACGUACAAUCAGGUUGCUCCACUUCCAUGUAAAACGUUUGGGGAUCAGUUGGUGCGUGUGAUCUCGACUCUACAGUAUCUGCUGAGACUGCUGCAGCCAUCGAAUUUAGAAGAAGCAUAAACACACCAAAAACAAAAGGCUGAUGAGUUGAUAUUAAAUAUUUUGGAUUUGCGAAUCGGUGCUGCGUCUUGUUACUUGUUACUUUCCUUCCAUCGGGGCGGCACGGUGGCCGAUCCCCAUCAAUCAGCCAUCAAUCAGCCAGCAGAGGUCGUAAUCGCAUUAGUUAUGAGAGAGUCCCUAUCCGGCUUAAUUCCACCCAUAUCUGAACAACAGGCCAAUCGUUGUUCAUGUGGCCACUCAGCCCAGCCGGCAGGCAGAGCCGAGACUCGAUACGAUGUAUUCCAGAUCCCAGCUAUGGUGUAACAGCGUGUGUUUUUACCGCUGCACCACCUGAGCGGCCCGUGGUACGGGUCCUUUUUGUGUGGAGUUUGCAUGUUCUCCACGUGUCUGUGUGGGUUUCCUCCGGAAGCUCCGGUUUCCCCCCACAGUACAAAGACGUGCAAGUGAGGUGAACUGGAGAUACAAAAUUGUCCAUGACUGUGUUUGAUAUUAUAAACUUGAACUGAUGAAUCUUGUCCUGUCAUGAGUGUAACCAAAGUGUAAAACAUGACGUUAAAAUCCUAAUAAAUAAAUAAAUACAUUUUCCUGCCGUCUGAACUGUUUUGAACUGUUUUCUGUGGAUUCUACGUAAUUUAAAUAUUAAGGUUUAUAAAUGACGAGGAAAAACAGAUUAGAAUGAGCCCUGAACCUUUGUUCACAGGUUUUGUCAGAGGAGGAGGAGGGAGGUCCAGGAGAACCAGGAUGUGGGGGCCACUGGGCGCGGUCCUGGUGCUCAGCCUCCUGGUGGGCGGUAGGUCUGAGAGUGAGGUGGAAGGGUGGAGAUGCAAACCCCCGGAUGGGUGGAGGAUCGGUGAGGUGGAGCCCCUGAAGGACAGUCUGGGUACGGUGACGGUGGUGGCGUUUCUAGAGGCCAGCUGAUUCUUCUGUCUGUCGCAGGCGGCCAAACUGGUGGACCUGCGGCAGAAGCUGGAGGACGAAGGUCUGGUGAACAUCACGUACAUGGUGGUGAACAGUCAGGACAAGAGAUCUCGAGAGCUUCACCCGCUGCUGGAGAAGAAACUGGCGGGAAACAUCACGCUGUACGGACAGGAUCCGGAUCAGCCGGACGUCUGGAAGAUCGCUCGCGUGGAGAAAGACGACAUCCAGAUCUACGACAGAUGUGGACGUCUAACAAAACAUCUGUCGUUACCUUACACCAUCCUGAGCCAACCGUACGUGGAGAAGGCCAUCAGGAACACCUACUGCAGCCGCAUCUGUGGAGACUGUGAGCUGGAGAAUUCGGUUCAACCAGCCGAGUGCAACCAGACCAGAGCCGAGAGAACAGAGGAGGAACCGGCGAGAGGAGAAGAAGAUGACAUCCACCAUCACCAUGGUCAUCACAGGGGUCAUCACCAUGGUCACCAUGGAGGUCAUCACCAUGGAGGUCAUCACCACCAUCACCACCACCAUCACCCCAGCCAUGACGGUCGCCAGUUUGAUAACGGGGAAAGGCGUGGCCACAGGGGGCAGUUUGACGUGGGGCAGGUCCCGAACAGGCAGAUAGAUUUGGGGCAGAUGGAUUUGGGACAGGGCCAGGUGGGUAUCAGACAGGUCGACCUGCAGCGCAUCCUGGGUGGCGCUGGGAACCAGCAGGUGAUGCAACGGCCUUGAGUCGCUCACUGCAAAUCAGAGUUCGUGUGUCAGCAGGGGGCGCACUCCGACCCCACCAGCUGAUGCUGACACUGACGGCGUCUGAUCGGCCAGCAGGUCAACGAGCGGCCGGUCUGACGCUGCGACGAGCCGCUGGCAGCUUCCUGUCUCUGACAGGGUCUGACAGCGGACGACAACAACGUCAGGGAGACCUGACAGUGACGCCCCGCCCGGUCGGGUGAUUGACAGGCGGCUCAGCCGGUCUGAUCCUGACAGGAGGGGGGCAGUCAAUGACAGUGACAGAACGUCUAAGCAGGAAAACGUCAAAUGAUACACUGGCAACUUUUUGAGGCUAAUAAGAUCGACAGCGCCCUCUGGUGGUCAGUUUCUAUAGCUGACCGAUUGAGGACUAGAACCUCAGUUAGCUAAAUAACUAGUUAGUUAACCCAACAGUUUUUCAUAGUCGUUAUUAAGGACUCGGGCUAAUACACCGUGUUUUUUGUGUACAUUGGCAAUUUAUUAAAAGGGCAGCGACCUCUGGUGGUCAGUUUCCAUAGCUGACCAAUCAGAGACUAGAACUUUAUGUUACUGUUUAAAUUGGGAAAAACCUGUUGAUUUUGUAGAUUUUUAAGCUAUAUUUUAGCUAUUUUAGCUAAAUGAUCUAGUUAGCUACUAAAAAAAUGCUAACUAGUUUGCAAAUUAGCUAUAUUGGUUAUAAAAAUUCCAAACCCAACAGUCUUUUAUAGUCGUUAUUAACGAAUCGGGCUACUACACCGUGUUUUUGUGUACAUUGGCAGCUUAUUAAAACAGGCAGCGCCCUCUGGUGGUGAGUUUUUAUAUUUGCGCAACCAGAAGUUAAAAUGUUUUAUAAAUGUUAUAUUUGUAUGACAAAGUCAUUAUUUGCAAAUUAAGCUAAUAGAAGAAGUUGCCAGUGUAUUGUGAGUUUCACCUGCACUAAACACCAACUAGUACCGACACCUCGGAUCGUCACGGUUUGGACCCUUGCGAGUAUUGUUCGUAUCGUAAUUACGUUACCAUCACGAACCCAUCAGUGACGGUCCAUGCCGACGUCGUCCUGAGCGUGUUCGGUACCUGAGACGUUGAGUGUGUCCGUGUCGCCACCGUUCCUCCUCCGCCGAGACUCUGAGUAGCUUUAAUGACGUCAGGUGCAAAAACUACGCUGUAGUGGCGCCUGUCUGAUCCUCAGCCAAUCAGAGAAGAGGAGGAGUGUUGCUCAACAUGGCACACUGUUUUACCAUAGAUAGAUUAGGUGCUUAAGGUUAGCUUUAAUGAUAUAAACCUCCUCAGAUCCUGCGUACAGCGUAAAUCAAGUACUACAGUCGAGAUUUUAUGGGACCAGCCACUAGGGGGCACCCAGGAUACCAAACGUAGCGUAAAACAUAUUGUAGAAACGUUUUAAUGGGUCUGUCACAUGAUAUCCUCUAACAAACGAGGCUGACGGCUAAUUUGCUAUAUGGUUAAUGAUUUUUACUGCUUAAUACAUUAGCGUAAAUAAAUAAACAAUAUUUAAGUUUCAUUAACCUGCUAAGUUGAAGAACCAAAGUAGCUGCUGCUAAGAGGUCUCUGGUUUAAGCUCCACCAUCACCAAAAUGCCAAAUUGGGCCCCUGAGGAAGGCCCUUAACCCUCAGGUCACUUUGAAUAAAAAUGUGUGCUAAAUGCCGUAAAUUUAAAUGCAUUUUGAUGGCUGGUUAGCUUAGCAAAAGCUGUUGCUGGUUUAACUAGAAUCCUGAUCCACUUAUAAUAGUCUAAUAAGCUGAACUGAAAUGGACAGCUAGCUGUGAAUGCUACAUGCUAACGUAAAGCCAGAACAGCAACCUGGCUACAAUGCAGCCAUCUUACAGGUUAGCCAUGCUAUACAGUGCUAAUAAGAGCUAGCACAGCUGCAGGAAUGAAAACAACAUCACAAUAAGCAGUUUAUGGUUUAUACCGAAUAAAAUCGAUUACGAUUGUAAAUCCUCUGUACUGGAUCUGAAGUGGUUUAUAUUUAAUUAUAAACUUAGCAUGUGCUAGUACAUACAGAACAGAAUGCUACGCUAAUAUUUCUAACACUUUUGACCAUAUAGAGUGUUUAUUUACUCACACAUGAUUGUUAGAUGAGAUCAUUCUUAUUAAAGAAGCUUAUUAGCACAAAUACAGCGAAACUAAACACCAGUUAAUGGUUAGUAAUGGUUAGUAAUGGUUAGUUAUUUACACAUUAGCGAACGGAACGAUCAGAACGAACGGAUUUCCAUUUCCGGUCUGAGCUGGAACGUUUUCAUACUACAUGACGGUUUUCUGGAAAAGUUCAUGACACCAGAGAUCCUGAAGCACCGUACGAUGGUGUUCCUGCUCAUACUGGUUUUACUGGGAACGUUAGCGGUUGUGAAUGAGAAGCUAAUGUGUAACACAAUAAACUUGCUUGCUGAU